AUGGCGAUCACUGGAAGCAAAACAAAGACUGGAUACUCAUCGAGUCAAAUAACCAUUCCGUCAAGCACUCCAACGACCAUCCAUCAGCACAAGGCUGAUAUUGCGAGAGCAUCUAAAAGAGCCAACGCGGUGUCUUCCCCCAUACUGCAAUAUCUCAACAUUACACACAAUAAAGAUGUUUGGGAUAAUUUACAUAAGUACAAAUUCUCAAUGGACACCGACAACUGUAAGGGAAUGGGCCCCGUAGUGGUGAUAGUACAUACGGCCAUGUAUAAUGCACAGAAACGACAAAACAUUAGGAAAGACACAAGUGGCAGUGAACCAUUAUUGACUGUUGUUUUUUUAGUGGGAGAAACUAACAACGCAUCAUUACAGGCAGAAGUUGAACGGGAAUCGCAGAAGUAUCAAGACAUUGUACAGGGGAAUUUCAUAGAUUCUUAUCACAACCUGACCCACAAGCACAUCAUGGGUUACCACUGGGUUAUCACUCAUUGUAAAAAUGUGCGCUAUGUUAUCAAGAUUGACGAUGAUGUCGUUGUUCACGUUAACAACGUGUUGAGGUACCUGUUGUUGAAUGCUUUCCCCGAGGAACAUAUUAUGUGCCUCGUUGAGAAGUGGAGCAAGAAGAAAACAGCCGGAAAGUGGGCCAUUUCUGAACAGGAAUACCCCUUCAUCAGGUACCCCCGAUAUUGUGCUGGAUUUGCAUACAUAACAACAUUGUCAGUUAUCAAGAGACUAUACGCGGCUUCAACUGACAUCAAGUCAAUAUGGAUCGAUGACGUUUAUGCUACCGGGCUUCUAGCACUUGCAUCCAACACCAAACUGAUAGGGUUCCCCAGUGGACAAUACUACAACGGGAUGAGAAAGCCACCCGCGAGAUAUAAAACAGAAGGGAUGUUUGUAUUGUACCGUGAUUAAGAGCACAUUAUGGAGCAUAAGAAGAAGUACACGGAGGGGGAUGUCGAUCUACAGUCGCUGCUGUUGUUAUGAGGAGCGUUAUGUUCGGAACUGGGAGGUGUCUGUGAUGCUGCUAGCAUAAGGGGAAUUAUCAACUUAAGGGGGUGUCAAUCUGCAGGUGAUACUGCUAGUAUAAUGGGAAUUAUGGACACAAGGAGGCAUGUCUGUCUGUGUGUUGGGUGUCGAUCUACAGCGAUGUUGCUUGGAUAAAGGGUUAUACCGAAAACGGGACAUGUCAAUCUCGUCCACACAAUCAUUUCUGAUUUAAUCAUGCAUUUUAUUUGUAGCAAACAUCUUUAGCAUGAGCAUGUCUGCAAUAUACAGAUGUAUUCCAUUUAUUAAGGACAAGCGUGAUCUGCGGGAUCAUUAUCAAUAUGAUGUAGAUCGUUUUGACUGGUAUACUGUUAA